AUGAGUUCCUUACGAUUGGCCCUGAAACAAUCCUUGCAAGAAACGGGACAUUUGUUGCCCAAGGAAAAAAAGAAGCGCGGUGCGAAAACCCGCAACAAAGACAAGUUGUCGUCGUCAUCGUCAAAAGAUCAUUCUUCGCAACCUCGCAAACGUGGAAGGCCACCCAAGCGACCCUCGCGAACAGAAGGCGACGCUGAUAAGGCGGAAAAGGGACCUCACGAUGAAGAAGGGGAAGAAAACGAAGCGGGCUUUAGCAGUGAAAACGAGUUCUCGUACGAUUCUGAAGAGGAAUCAGGUUCCGAGGAGAAUGACUCGGAAGAAGAGGAGGAGGAAGAUGAGGACGAUCACGAAGACGAAGAAGAUGAUAUAACAGCAGCAGUAGUAGCAGAAAGUCAAGACAAGCAAUUGGAUAAUGACCCAAGGGGCAAUAAUAAUAAUAAUAAUAAUAAUGGGGAACCCACGAUGUCGGAACGAGACACGAAUGAUCACUUGACGACUACCAAACACAACUCGUCGUCAACAAAGGAAGAUGAAGAAAUGGACAGUGAGGAAGAACGAAGACGGAGGCAACGGAAACUACUAAAGAAGAAAAUCAAGAACUCGGCUGCCAACAAGAUUCAAAGUCAAUGGAAGAAGCGACAAGGUCGUCCGUCCUCCGCUUUGUCAGAAACAGAGGAAGAAGAAAGGAAGUCAUCCAAGACGAUAGAAGAGGAAACAGAAACUGCUCCUUCCAAGAGUGCUGCUGCUGAGGACACCACCGCCACUGCCAACAGCAGCAGCAACAGCAACAGCAAUAGUAAUUCGAAGGAAUCAGAGGAAAGUGAAAUUAAGGGAAACAAGCAAUCAUCUGCCGAUACAAAUGAGACUGCUGCACCAACAGUAGAAAAGAAGAAACGCAAUUCAGGUACUGUCCCACCACCCACUCAUGAUGUUCGCGAGUGGUCCCAACGAUUGACGGAAAAGAAGAGCCGAAAGAACAUUUGCAAGGGAAUGCGAGUCAAGGUUCGGUUUGCGACCAAGGUCAGACGGGAAGGCAAGAUUGUCAAGAAACGAAAAUGGUAUGGAGGUCGGGUCUCCAAUGUCACUCCAGAUGGUUCCAAGAUCAAAAUCAAGUACGAUGAUGGAACCUCCGAAAUAUCCCAAUUUCCAGAUGACGAUGUGGUGGUGGACGAUACGGACAAUGGACAGCAUUCCCAAGCGGCGAGUGCAUCGGUUCAUCGAUUCUUGCCACGACAAGCCCGUUCUCCUACUCCAACACCGACUCCAACCCCUACACCCGCAGUGGUGGAAGAGAAGGAGGAAGAGAAAAAGGAGGUAGAAGAGAAGGUAGAGGAGAAGGAGGAAGAAAAGCCCAAAGAAGAAGUAGUCAAGGAGGACAUGCCAACGGAAGAUUCUCCCAAGGAUGACGCUCCUGAAGAAGAAGUUCCCAAGGAAGAAGAAGCUGCCAAGCCCACGGAAUCAAGCACUGCAAAAGAGAAGGAAGACGACAAGGUGGCGGAACAAAUACCAGUGGAGAAACCACAGGAAGAGAAGGAAGCUCAAGAAGGUGAAGAAAAGGAAGAAGAGGAAACGCCCAAGGAAGUUGAAAAGGACGAUACCAAGAUGGAAGAAGCACCAGAAGCACCUGAAAUCAAGGCCCCAACUCCCAUCCCAGAAGAGUCGAAACCUGUGCCGGAAACGACAAAACCCGAGGCUGACGAAGAAAAGCCUCGGUCAUCUCCCGCUACCACUGUAGAUGCCGCCGCCGCCAAGCCUGAAAAGGAGACAAUUGAUCCUGCAAAACCAGUGGACCAUGCAGAAGCAAUGGACACGGACGAACCUACUCCAAAGGAAGCCAAGCCUGAAGCUCCAAAAGAGGAAGUCGCCGAAAUGAAACAACAAGAAGAAAAGCCUUCCAGGUCAAACAGCCAAAAAGAAGAAGAAAAACUUGAAGCAAAGCCAUCCAAACCUACACUGACAAUUCGCAUCUCCAAGGCCAAAGUUCUAGAGAAUGAAAAGCUUGAAAAGCAUCAAGGAACACCAAUGCAGCAUAAAGCAAAUGGAAGCCAGAGUUCGGAUGAAGAAUUGGAUUUGGAUACACCUGUGACGGCGCGAAAGGUCAAGUCUCUCAAGGUCAAGCGGAAACGACUUUCGGAUGAAACCUCGCCAGGAGGAUCACGUCACAAGAAACGAAAAGCCGAAGUGGAAGAACCGACACCGCCACAAGACAAGUCGACCGAGAAAACAUCUGGUGCAGCAACCGCAACGGAAAUGUCCAACGAGAAACCACCAAAAUCACCCAAAAAGUCCUCCAUGGUCAUUACAAUUCCUCUCAAGCAAGCACAGGCUGGUGACGAGAUACCACAAGUCCCAUCUUUGACUAAACCUAGAAAGCGCAAGGAUAGUCCAGCUGCCCGUGGUUCUGGUCGCAAGUCGCCAUCGCCAAAAAGCGACUCGCCGCAACCAAUGUCCCAAGAUCUUGGAAAAAAUGGCGAUGAGACUACUAUGGUAAGGCCUGUUUCUCAAAAGGCAGUCAAGGCGGAUGGAGUGGAAAGUGCCGAUUUGGAAAUGUCGACUGCAGAGCAAACAACAAAGGCAGAGUUGGGAUCCAAAGGAAGUGCAUUUGGAAAGAAAGCAAAGGCCAAUGCUGAUGCAACAACCAAAGAAAGUCUUCCACAAACUAAAGAUACUGAAAAGGCGCCUAAAGCUGGUCGCAAAGCAGCCCAAGAAGCCAAGGAGAAGAUGGGUCCAAAGCAGCAGGACAAGGAGUUGGCGGCUAAGAAGAAGAAAAAGAGGCGCCGUAAGAAUGGCAGUGACGAGGAAGAAUCGGACGACGAUGAACGACAAUGGGUGCAAUGCGAUAAAUGCCAAAAGUGGCGCAUUCUACCAAGUCGUGUAGAAGCUUCGUCCCUUCCCGAAGUCUGGCAGUGCAGUAUGAACGAUUGGGAUCCCAAACAUUCUGAUUGCUCGGUAGCUGAACAGACUUUCAAGCAAAUUCAGAAGGAACGACGACGUGCCAAGAAACGAGCCAAGCAGCAACGAUUGGAGCAAGCGGCACUAGAGGCCAACCCAGCGGACUCAAAUCACGACCCCAAGGUACGGGGUGGAAAAUCUUCCCAAAACAGCCCAAAACCCACCAGACAUGUUUUGAAAACUGGAAAAAAUUCGGAUUCGGAAUCUAAACGAGCCAGUCCUAUACCUUCGGCGGGGAAUACGUCUGUUGAAAGCGGUCUGGACUCGAAGGCUGAAAAGAGAGGACGCAAGGGCAAGAAAGACAAGGACAAGGAUGAAUCAAAGCAAGUAGAAGUGCAAAGAGCAGUCGCGGCUGAGGAAGUCACUCCAAAAAAGCCGGGUAGAAAGAGGGGUCGACCAGCUCGCAAUGUUUCCGUAGAGACUCCACGCAGUAAUGCAACAAAGGAUGACGAGAAUGUUGAAUGGGUUCAGUGCGAAAAGUGCGAGAAAUGGAGGAAACUUCCACCGUAUAUGGCUGCUGAUGAACUUCCAGAUAAGUGGUAUUGUUCUUUGAACACAUGGAAUGAAGCCUCCGCAAGCUGUGAAGCUGCGGAGGAUAAAGCAGAUGCCCAUCAUCAGGAAGUUGGUGUCUUUGGCAAUGUGCCUCAAGGUCAUGUUGGCAAGUAUUCGUACCGAAGUAUGAUCUAUGGAAGCGGCCGCAAGUACAAUCGACCAAUGUCGGAGAAGGCACGGGCAGCUGAAUCGCUGUACCAACGUCCUCAAGUUGAAGAUGGUAUUCCUCAAACAUCUGUGAUGUAUGCUAAGUCAAGCAUGUUCGUUCCAAGGAUGUCGAACUUCCAAAAGACUCAAGUUGUUGAAAAGAAGACUACAAGCAUCUUAGAUGUUCUGGCCGAAUCUGAUUUGUGGGCCGAGUUGCAGGGAGUUGGCCAUGCAAUGCAACUUUUAUCGAACAACUUUUCGGGGGACCCUUAUCCAGCGUUUGUGACCUACGAGUCUCUACCCGAGAGUAUCAAGGAACAAAUGCGCAAAGUCGUGCUACAAGUGCUAGGGGUUUAUGUACUUUCUGGCGACGAGCUUGUCGAAGAGGCGCUCCGUUUCCCUUGGGAAAGCCUGUCCGGGAGUCUUUCUCAAAUCCGGGCUUUCAUCAAUGCUGACAUUGUCAUUAAUACUCUUCUUUCUCUGGUUAGGGAUGGUGAAGUUGAAAUGACUUGUUUUAAGGACAUGUCUGUGCCCAUGACUGAGUGGGUUCCUCGAUACCGAAGAGUUGUUCGCUCAAGCCCGAAGAAUUUGGAAAACCACGGAUCACUGAAGACCUCCAAAUGCAUGAAGAUUUCGAAGCCGUGGAAGCAAAUGGACGAUUCGGAAGGCUGGAUCACUGGGGGCCAAUAA